CAUCUAGUAACGAUGCUGCGAAUCAAAGAAGUCAAAAAGUACCAGCCACGAUUGGGCUACCCCGCCGGGAAGGAAGUCCGCAUCCGUUCGCUUCCGCCGCCCUUGGAUGGACCCAUCUACGUCAAGUACGGCCGGGAGCUGUCCAAGCAUGAUCCGUCGUCGUCGUCAGCGCGAAUGGCCUGGAACGUGACCCUGUUCGAUACGGCGUUGAACCACCCGCAGCGUCCGUGGACCGUGGUGACCGGGUCCGGUGGAAAGCCGACCGUGUUGGCGGUUCGGCACGAGGGCUUAGGGUUUUCCGAGGAUGAUCCACCAAAGGGUUUCCUCGGGGGGCGAGGCGGCGAUGAUUUGGCUGCGGAGAACUAUGGCGAGCCGAAUUCGUCGAUCGUGCUGGUGCGAAGUGGGGGGAAGGAUUUCGCCGUUGGAGUGGACGAUCUGAGGGAGUUGAAUUCGUUUGGGAUUGCGGUUGGGGGUGGAAAGCUGUCGCUGACGAUGGGUGGUGCUGUGAUGGGGUUGGAGGGAGGGAUUGUGCCGGUGGAGCAACAGGAUGGGUCGGUGCCGUAUGUGGCGGUGAACAAUGGGGUGAAGUCGGUUGUGUAUAAAGUGGAUGCGAAAGGAUUGCAGAAGUCGCAAAAGGUUGGACUGAAAGUGGCGGUUAAUGCGGAGAAGAUUUUGCUAACGAAAAAUAACGAGUUGCUGCACAUUUCUCCACAAGGAUUGAACGUUUAUGGUAUGGAAGGUAGUGCCUCGAAGUUCAAGUAUUUUUGUCCGCAUUUUUCCUCAUUUGGAGGUUGGAGUCAGCGAUUUGUGGACACCGUAACGUUGAUGAAUGUUGAUGGUAAUCGAGAAGCACUGAUUGGAACUGGUCCGAAAGGCGUUGUGUAUUUGCCGGUUUCCGAGAAAUGUGAAAACUAUGUGAUUGAAGGAGGUCAGGACGAAAAGCAUGCGUUGGUGGCUCGAGGUGCCACGAAGAAAGGAAACAUUGUUGAAGUCUUGGGAGUGUACAAUGGUGAGCUUUGUGUAUUGACCUUAGAGGUUGUAGAGGUGAAUGAUCCAAAACUGAAUGAAGAACCGGUUCCCAAGCUACCGGAAAAACGUGUUAAGGCUUCAAAGAGCUCAAAGGUUAUGCUGCGCAGUGGACCUCCGGUUAAGUCCGUUCGUUGGUUGCGGGACAGCCUUGAUGAAGCCAAUUUCAAAAACAUCGUUGACAAACUGACGGGAAAGGUUCGGUUUUCAUUCCCACUGGUGGAUCUGCAGGAUCGUAUGGGACUGCCGGUUAAGCUAAUGGUGUAUUAUGACGAGUCAGAAAGUGAAGAAAUGAGUGUUUUGGGGCGGCAUUGGACCUUGGGAAGGGACUGUAUUGUGCUUGACCAUGGGAAUACGGUUUUCGAGGAUAAGCAAAAUUACUACUUGGUGAAGGAUCAGAUGAAAAUUAAAUUGGAACGUGAUUGGACGAAGCAGGAUACUGGAACGAUGGCUUCGUUCUACAUAAUUGGAAAUAGGAAUGUGACGUUCGAAUACACAGCGCAUGAUGAAAAAUGGGUAGCAAGUGAUGGUAAGAUUCGGUACGUGUAUGGCAUCAAAAAUCAAGGAGUUGUGAGCGUUCCGGGCUGGCCGGAUUGGUUUGGCCCUUCAGCAAAGUACGAUCAAUCCACAAUGCAUGGAGUUCAAUGGAAUUUGGUGGAAAUCAGCAGCGUAGCUUAUGAAGACGUCAAACUUAAAUACACAUAUUCACCGUUAGACACGAACACAAAUUCAAUGCACCUUCAGGGUAUAAGCGACGAUGGUAACAAAACAAAUAUCAAAUUUAUUUAUAAAGAAAUUGAAGGUUUUGACCAGCAGAAAAAGUCUGGUUUGGUAAAGGAACAUUCCUUCGUCAACAAUAAGCUGUUAGAGAAAGUAGAGAUUGAAAGUUUUAGCACCAAACAAUCAUUCAAAAUAUCGAACACAAAAAUUGACAGUCUGUAUUAUUUAGAAAGCAUACAUCAGGAGGGUGAUGUAGAUCCAGUACUGAGUUUCAAGUACAAUCGGGAAGAUAAACUAAAACCAAAAAUUCAGCAGAUACAGUUGCCAUCCAAGUCGGUUCUGGAUUUUGAAUACACCAAACAAUCAAUUCAAACUGAUCAGUUCGUCCAAGAAAUUGACAAAAUGGCGGACUUGUACACAGGGCAAGAGUAUUCUUUAGAAAUCGCUAAAACAGUGGGUGAAACUGAUCUUAAUGUAAGGAUGAAAGAUUCUUCUGGAAGGAACGAUUUUGUGAGAAAUCAGAGUAUUCGAAUAGGCAGCCACAAAGGAUACAAGAUCAAAAGUUACAGCCCGUUUAUGAAGCAUAACUACUUCGCACUAGUUGUCAGGUACAUCGAAAACGAGGAGAAAGUUCUUAGCAAGAUCUUUAUUUUCAAUAAGAAUGAUGAUGAGUCUUGGAAGCUUGACAGUACAAAUCAAAGUUCAAGAAUAUCCGAUGAUAGGAAGAUCAAACAUGAUUUUCAUGACGACUCAUUCGUUUAUUAUCAUUCAAAGAAGGUUCACUUUGAGUAUAAAAAUGGCAGCUCAGGAACUUGGAACUAUGCCAUGAAAGACAUCCCGGAUGUAGACGCGUUGACUUUGAUUAACAGAGGAGCCAUUUACUGGAAGAAUGACUUGAUUUUGGUACGUUGGGACGCCACGGGAGCUCUUAAGCAGUCUACUUUAAGUGACUCCCAAAGCAGACCAGGAGACUCCGACGUAGACACGUUCUUCAAAUACGUUGAUGUCCAAGGUACAUACCCAGAAGAUGUUCAAGGAUCCGCGAAGGAAGUCGAGAACUAUAAGCGUGACCUGAAGGAGUCCCUCUACGAUAACGGUUUGGUGCUGUACAACAAUGUUGUAGCACUCAGAACCGUAAAGAUAAAUCAUGUCGGGAAAAUCUUGGUAAAGGUGUUUCUGUACCUCUUGAAACCAGACUACAGCAUCUCCAGCAGAUCUUCAAUCGACCUUCCGGGUGAGGACAUUUCGAAGUUCACGCUCACACUGGAUGUCUUCGACGAAUACAAAUCCAAGGAUACAAGUCAGAUGGACAAAUACAAGUUCCAGUUCGUAAAGGAAAAAGACAAGUUCAAAUUGAAAUUCUCUGGAGCCACUGAUAAGAAUGAUAAGCCAACGCAGCCGUCUAGUCAAAAUGCGAAUCUUAUCGACCAAUACGAACGUCGCAUGAAGAUUCCUCUUAACUUCGAAAAGUACAUGUUGCAGGUCAACAGCGAAGGAAUCAUCGUCAACGAUAAUCAGAUUUUCCACAGCAACGGCAAAUUUAUCGCUCAGACGCUGGACCGUGAUGCUUUGAAGUUGACAAAGUUCAAGAUACCACUUGGAACGUUUUCCAAUUUCAGAAAAGAAUCAGAUGGAGACGAGAUCAAAUUGUGUACGAAAACAGAACAACAGCAACCGGAGAAUUGCGUGAGUUUGCAGACCACUGCCGCUCAAAACGUGUCAAUCAAAUAUCCGUACUAUCUGGUGACCCAGAAAUUGAACGACGUCAAAGUUCUUCCGUUGAAGGUCAACAGUCGCGGCUGGGAGGAGCCAAUAGACUUCAAAGGCGAGAUUCUUCACGGAUCCUCCAGUCACGCUGUCAUGAUCACAACUCGAAUUUCGGACAACAAAACCCUCGUGAGGCCCUUGAAGAGCUUGAACAGAAACAACAAAAUCUACGCUCACGUGAUCUCUGAAGAAAGGUUGACCACACCCCACGAUAGUUAUCAGAUCAAAUAUGAGUUCGCAGAUCCCGCGCUGUCUAUGAACGAAAUUGUGUUCAAAACUUCGAUUAUUGUACCUGGUGGAGACAAGAAAGCCACGGGGUACUACAAGGAAGUAAACAGCCUUGAAAGCAAUCAACAAACCGUACUGGUAAUGACAGCGGUUAAUGAAGUGUUCGACCCCGAGUACGUCAAGCGAAUGAACGAGCUGCAACAGGAGAAGGAAAAGCAACGGGACAGAGCUCAGCUCGACGCAGAGCAAACCAUCACCGAUAAAAGUGGAUAUCAUCCGCUGCUGAAGACUACGCCCUACAGCGUUGACCAGAAGUUGAUCCACUUCUUGGCAUUCGAAGACUACGAGGACAUGGUUGGUUGGAAAAUCGGUCAAACGCCAAUAUCCGCUUCCAACAUCCGUCGAAAUGAGUUUUCUGCAACUGGCCGGAACUUCCUUCUGUUGAAAAAGGGACAAGAGCUGACCAAAGAACUUCCCAGCAUUCCAUACUACGACUAUUUCAUCGCAAGCGCCUGGAUCAGAACGACCCAGGAGUUGACUGUUGGCAGUUUAACGGACUUGAUUUCGCUGUACGUCGACAACAAACAACUCAAAGGAACCAUCAAGCAAACCGUCGACGAGUGGAUCUACGUGGAGGCAGAUAGCAGAACCAUCGAAGUGCCUGAAUCCGUCGCAGCGAAGAAAGUCCACUUGAAGGUCGUCGUUAAAUCAUCCGGACCCGAGGAAGUACACGUCGAUCACGUCCGGCUGUCGCCGAUGAACUACAACUUCGAGGCCGGCGUGUACGAUUCGCACAUCGGUCAGCAAACGGCCACAAUCCGGACGAACGGGUUCGUUUCCAGACGGUUGUACGAUGCAUACAAUCGCCGAAUCGCGGAAGUCGAUGAAAGCGGGAACAUCAAGUACCUGGCGAGCUAUUCCAAACGGUUUGGGAACAGGAAGUUGAAUGGAAAGCGCGAAGGUGGUAGUUCCCGGGUGCAGAUUCGUGCCAAGCAGAGUUGGUUGGAGUCCUUUUCUCCGUAUUCGAUGGAGAAGCGGUGGCAGAUUUCCGGUGGGGCAAUCGCUGAACCGUACCAAGCUGAACUUCAAGGGGCGAUGACGUUCGAAUAUAGGUUUUCGUCGGAGUCGAUCUGCGUCCGAUUGAUUUAUGACUUGGCGGAUAAGGCGCAGCUGACGUUGACGGUCGGAAAGGCGUCGUUAAUUGUGACGCAAAGUGGCGUUCAGUACAAAGGCCAGUCUGCAGCGGCAUCAAGAGGCGCCGAAUUGAUCGUCCUUGCAACUCCUCACUUGACUAGCAUUUGGGUGGAUGGUCAUCUAGGGAUUGAAGCACGGGAAACCUACGGGAAGUUCAAUGCUGAGACUAUUUCUUUACAAGCGAGAGGUUCAGUUGUAGUCAAAGAGAUGAUCGUUAUGGAGGAUGCUGAAAUUCAAGUGUCGUAUAUGAACCGAGAUGCGAAGCCAUUGCAGGAAAUCAUUUUGCUGGAUUCCAAUCACGUUCUGAUACGUCAGAUGAUGUACGAUCCAAUUGGCCGAAAGAUUGCAGAAACAGUUUGGGUGGAAAAAUCCUUGGACGGGCAAUCAGAUUCCUUUAGGGCCUUUAAAUUCCACGAAGAUUUCGUUACGAAUGACAAUCUGUCAGAUGGGGGAUAUUUCUUGAAGACAGGCCAAAUGCAAGGCUACAUCUCGAAAACCAACUCCAUGUACGCCGGUUUCCCUUACUCGCAAACCGUUUAUUACAACAACCCCUUGGAAGUUCGUCAGAAAGUGGGUCAGCCUGGCAGGGAAAACUCCAUUAAAGGAACCUUCGUCCAAGAGUUCGCAAUCGCAUCCGAUCUUCCCUUCAUACAACGUUUCUACCCGAAGGAAGAAGGUUACCGCCAAGAGGAGGAAAAAUCAGUCAAUGGAAAGAAGCACGUGGUAGUCUACAAUCGCAGGAAUAAAAAGGUCGCCGAAUACAGCCAAGUCAAGGACUACAAAAACAUUCUUACCACAUACGUCUACGACCAACACGGCAAUCAAAUUCAAAUGCUGCCACCAGGCUACUACAGUGAGCAAGCCCAGUCCACAUCCAAUGGCUUCCAACCGGCUAAGGAGGUUAUUAACUCACCUUGGGCAGUGAACUCCAAGUACGACUCUUCCGGAGAGCUCAUCACGUCCAGAGAAACUCCCGACGGUGGCCGUGUAGAGUUCAUAUACAACGAGUACAACCAGCUCCGCUACCAGAUUCACUACGGAGAAGACAGCAAGGCAGACAAAAUCGUAUACUUUCUGUACAACGUUUUCGGCAGGGUUUGCGAAGCUGGUCAUGUAGCAGCAAAUCCGGCUGUCGAACAGCAGGUACGGGAAACGACCAAAUCCCAUCAGCCGAUUCCGAAUCGGGAGCAAGCCGUGUACUUCGAUUACGGCGAAACGGAGUCUGAACCCUCACUUCGGGGACGAAUCCAACGCACGGUUAAACAGAACAAGGAAGUGCUGUUUAGUGAGGUGUUGUACUUUGAUGAGGAGAGCAACAUCAUCCGCAAGAGCUACCUCAGUCCAACGACGAACGAAACGCUUUCGCUGGUAUAUUUGCAGGAGAACGAUAAGGUCAGUGGAAUUCAGUAUCCGUUCGGGGUGGAUGGCAAGCAGCUGAUUCUGAAGUUCAAGCACAACCUGAGAGGCGAAAUCGUCGAGGUGGGAUGGGUCAACGAGAAAGCAAAAGGUCAAAUGGAAGUUAUUCCAAUUGCCGAUAUUGAUCACGAUGCGGAAGGAAAGGUGACUAAGAUAUCGCAUCGAUACGGGGACAAGAAGUUCGAUCAAAGUUAUAAAUACGUCGCACCGGGCUACCUUGUGGAGAUUUCCAACGAAUUUCUCACCGAGAAACUGUUCUACACGGAGAAAGGUUACGGUUGCGAACCGUCCGGCGACGGCAGCAUUUUGCGGACUGAGUUCAAAGCCAAUUGGCAUGACAAGUGCGACCAGAACUUGAUUCCACUGACGGCGCGAGCGUUCGUAACGGAUGGGAUCGAUUACACCACAGCAGAGUCCUGUUUCGAUGCGUUGUUCAAUUUGGGAUACAUCGACACAUCUGGACGCCCCGUGAAAACAUUCUAUCCGGAUUUGGAGAAGAGAGUGCCUUUGAAGUGCGCUUCAAAGUGGCGUCAUUUUUCUGAGAAAAUGUUCGAAAGUGGCUUUCCGGAGAACUACGGUCAUGCAUACGACUACGGUAGUCACGGGGAGUUGACUGCGGCCAAGAGUUUUAUUGGUCCGGAAGAAGAUGACUUGGCGAUUCCUUUUUCAAGAGCUUCUUUUGCGAAUGCUGGAUUCAAGACAUCACAAGAUUUGAAUAAGUUUUGGGGUGAGUUGAGCAAAAACAUCAAUAAGAUAGAAGGGACCAGAGCUGUAUUUGAAGGAUCCCAGCAGUUGUCAGGCGGAUUAAUUGGAUCCAUUGUACACAGACAGAAACUGGAUCUCAUAUUGGAAGACAAAAGCGGUGAUUCUUCCAUUUGUUCGUCGUGGGCAAGUGGCGAAAAGAAGGAGGAAACCAAGUGCAAAAGAGACUAUCAACAAGCAUUUGACAAAUUGAAACUGAAAGCCGUUUUUCAAUCGCUCCAAGAACCGAUUAGAAAAAAUGUUCUACGAAUUCUGAAGAAUACUCUUGCUUCAGCACUUGGUAACUCCCCCGGCGAUGUGGAGUCCUUCUCGAUAGACCCUAAUGGGAAUCACGGCGUAUUUUACACAGGAUUUAAACGAUUCGAGCUAAAAUACAAACCUCAGAAGAAUCAGAUUGCAACGAUCAAGGAAGGCAUCCAACCUCAAGAUCGUUUGAUAGUGCAUGACUCCGAGGGCAACGUAGUUAAAGCGCUUCACAAGAACAUCGACAAGAUUGAGUACGAUCCGUUGACCCAGCGAGUGUCCCGCAUCGAACUGACCAACAAGGCCUUGACUCUUGAAUUCGGUUACGAUUUCCGAGGAGAGCGAACGUGGAAACGUGUACGCAACCACGAAAAUGACAUCAUUUCUACGAAUUACUACGUUCGCGACAACAAGGGUAACGUCCUGGUAGAGUACAAGCAGGAAUAUCCCAACCCGAAGGAACCCAACAAGCCGAUCAACACGGUCACUGCCUACAUCCACGGACCGCUGGGUCUUUUGGGCUUCUUCCGCAACAACAAAUACUACAACGUUCUUCUGGACCACGAAGGAUCCACUCGGUUGGUGAUCCACAAUGGAAAAGUUGUGGCCGCGUAUGACUAUCUUCCGUACGGUCAGUUGAUUCGCAGAUACGGAUCGGAUCCCGAGGCCCACAUAGCUUUUCGCUACACCGGUCAGGAGUAUGACGAAGAAGUCGGCCUUUAUAACUACCACGCUCGGUUGUACGAUCCGGAUAUUGGACGCUUCUUCCAAAUGGACCCAAUGGAGCAGUACGCCAGUCCUUACAAGUACGCCGGCAAUUCACCCGUUUCGCAAAUUGAUCCUGAUGGUCAGAUAGCGGUAUCUUUGGUCCUCAUGAUCGUUGGUGCGAUCGUCGGUGCCUAUCUGGGAGCUGCUUCGGCAAACAACAGCUGGAAUCCCGCCAAGUGGGCCUGGAAGGAUAAGAAAACUUGGAUUGGUCUGUUUGCCGGAGCUGUCAUGGGAGCAUUUUCCGUCUACGGAGGAGCCGCAACGUUCAGCUAUUUUACGUCCAUGUUCGGAGGAUCCAUGAUUGCGGGAGCUUUGGCAACCGGAGUUAUUUCCGUGGCAGGUGCUUUCCUAGGAGCGGCUGCUGCCUCCAACCAAUGGAACCCAGCCAUGUGGGACUGGACAUCGCCGGCCGUUUGGAAUGGGCUCCUCACGGGUGCAUCCAUUGCGGCGAGUUUUCCAUCAGGCUUCGUAGGAAUCACCCGGAGCUUCAUGUCCAUAUCGUCCAAUCUGGUGAAAACGAUCUACGCAUCGCUCAUGGCAGGUGGGUUCUUACUGUUUGUAUAUCUGGGUGGCAGCAUGGCCAAUCAAUUCAAUUUCCAAAUAUCGCAAUGGGACUGGAAAAGUCCACGGACCUGGUUUGGAAUGAUCGAGGGAGCAUCGACCAUCUUCAUGGGAACCGCUGGGACAGCCAAGCACGGUGCGGCAAAAGUUUAUCACGUUGUUUCACCUGGUGGUCUGAAGAUGCCUUGGCAUAAACUUCACAUCCCGGCCAAGGCCUAUACUCUGCGACGCGUGAAGGACACCAUUAUACUAACCUGGUUCAAAAACGGUCAAAAAGUGAGCAAACAGAUUUUAAAAACCACUCUGAGAUCCGAUUUGGCUAAAAUACCGAAGGAUUCACUGAUGGUACAGAGAACAUUCUUCAUGCCGUACGAGCGCAUUGCUUAUGCUGCAAUUGCGACUCCAUCCUUGGCAGGUGUAAUGUUCAAAAAGUACCAAUACUUUUUCACCAACCAUCCCAAUGGAACACUGACUAAACCUGUAAGACGGAAAAGAUCGAUCUCAAUGCGUAGCUCGUCGGCAGCACCUGGCGUUACGAAUCUGUUGAAUGAUCUUUUUGAGACCAUUUACAGAACCGUUUUUCCUCAACCUGACCAAUUCCAAUCUGAAGAGAUGAACAAAUCCAUAUCGUUAGAAACGAUUCCCGAUCAUGGAUCACACGAACCAUCGCACAAAACCUUCCGGAAGUUGUGCUACGCUACAAACGGCAACGGCAAUCAGAUAACUUGUCCACAGCGGGAAUCUACCGUGAACGUUUUUUCCAAAUCAUCCUUAUUCGACGCAGAACUUUUCGGACAGGACCUAUUUACCAGAUGUAUGCCCCUGACGUGGAACGAUCAGCCUUCGGUAGUUUGCGAUGGGGACCAGUCCACCUUCAUCUACACACCGGCUCAAAAUUUGCGAGUUUUCGAUAUGGUAGAUGGUUGGUUGAUGCUUGCGCGAAUCGCUCCGGCUGCAGUCCGUAACGUGAAAGCAGGCUUCAACUUCCUGAAGGAUGUGAUCUUCGCUGGUGAUCGGGAAAGGGUUGAUCCAUUGACCGACUUGGAUGGCAUCAAGAAUGAUCUGCAGUUUGAAUUGGAAGAUUUGAAACGGGUUAUCACUGACAGUAAAUCCGGAGAGACUAAAUGGGUUGAACACUUGUUGAGCGAUUUGGAGGACGACAUUGGAGAUUUUUUGAACAACAAAAAUCCUUCUAGUAGGGACUUGGAAUUACUUCAAGAUAGAUUAAGUGCGAUGUGGGAAGAGGUUGAGGACCAGGUUACAAUAAGUACCGAAAUAAGUUUUGCCUCAAUGUUUGGAAAAGCGUAUAACAAUCUUAAUUGUUUGAAUUAUAAUAGCGAUUUGCAAAAUAUGAAUCUGAUGAUGAACGACCUACUACCAUCCGUCUCAGGUUUAAUGUCGUGAGAACGUUUAGUGGAUUCAUUUCUUCUUGAAUUUCCAAAAAAGGAAAAAUAUGGCUUUUAUAUGUUAAUUUAGAAAACAUCAGAAAUGUGAGAAAACCUCUGAUUCUUUUUUAAACUUCUGUGAUUUUGUAUACAAAGAUUCAAACGUCGAUUUGUUAAAUUUUGUAAAUCAUUUAAUGCUUAUUAUUCAAAUAACUUGUGCGUAUAUCUUAUUCGACCGCUUUUAUUUGACUACAUAUUCUCUGCGCUCCUCCUAUU